GCGGCUCCGGCAACGGCGCCCAUGGCGGCUGCGGGGCGCGGAGCCGGGCCCGGGGGCCCGUGCGUCCCGGUCCGAGCGCGCCGAGCAACGAGCGCGGGAUGCGCGGUCGGGCCGGCCCCACCGGUGGGCGCGGGACGGGGGGACAGCGCGACCGAGCCGGCGGGGCCGGGGCUCGGUGCGCGACCCGCGGUUGGUGCGGGAUGCGGGGUCGGUGCGCGCCGGCGGCGCGGGGCCGCGGGGAGCGUUGGCGCAACGGUGGCGGCGGCCGAGGAGCGGCAGCGGAGCGAUGGAGCGCAGGGUCAGGCACUGCCGCUUCCGCGCCCGGGCGAGCCCCGCCUCGCCCCCCAGGCACAGGGAGGUCAUGGGACCCCUCGGAGGGCUGCGCGUCCAAGUGCAGGAGCACCCGAGCCGGCCCGGGCACAGCGAAGGAGCGGCGAAGAAGAGCAAGUGCAUCUCGGCUCCGGCGGCGGUUGAGAAAGAGGCCCGGAGCGCUAUCAGGAGAGAAAGGGACCAGGAAAGGGGCAGCGGUGACCGCCAGAAUGAGGAGAAGGUCCUGGAGCAAACUGGGAAUAAGCCCUGGAGAAGAGCUGCCGUCCAAACGGAGCGACCCAGCGUGACCUAUGAGGCCCGCUCUGUGAUGGUGGAGAAAAGCGAUGCUCCGGCUGGAUCCCUGUGCGAGCUUGGGAACCCUGCUCAAGAUCAGAAUAUCCCGGUCUUGUUUCAGCCCUUAGCUCCCAGGUCCCACGUACAGCUCCAAGGCCCUCUCUCCUCGCAGGUGAUGCAUGUGACUCCAGUGCCGGUAAAACAAGUGCAAGUUCAAUUGCAGCCUCUACUGCAGCAGCCAAAGAUUGAAACAAAAAAUGUUCCCCUCACAGUCCUGCCCUCGGAUUCAGGGAUGCCAGACACUCCCUUCAGCAAGACCAAGAGCGGCCGCGUGAAGCGUCCCAUGAACGCAUUCAUGGUGUGGGCCCGGAUCCACAGGGCUGCUGUGGCCAAAGCCAACCCAGGGGCCAACAACGCAGAGAUCAGCGUUCAGCUCGGCCUGGAGUGGAGCAAACUCACUGAAGAGCAGAAGCAGCCCUACUACGAGGAAGCUAACAAAAUAAAACUGAGGCACAGGGAGGAAUUUCCUGGUUGGGUAUAUCAGCCAAACAAAAAGAAGUGUUCUCCACCACCUGGCUCUGCUGCAUUUUCUGGCACUUCCCAGAGUACCAUCACUACAAAUCCAGCUGGCACACUUCCCUUCUCAUCACCAACUUACUCUUUUGUCAACUCCAGUGUUAAGAACAGUAUUGGACGUCCAGUCUGUGAGUCUCCCGCCAUCCGUCUGCCGGCUUCUUCCAUCCAGCACGCUGUGCCCAUGACCCUUUUCCAGAACACGGCUGCAAGCACCACAUCAGUGGCUGUUGCAGUUCCAACCCUGCCCCUGCGCCCUGUGGUUUCACCACAGCACUUUGCUGAACCUGCUCAGACAGAAGCUUUUGUAUCACCUGGGCUCAAUUUCUCCCUGAAGAGGCCUGCACCCAUUUUCACUGAGAGCUUCAGCAACAGAAACCCAAGUAACAUCAGCAGCACCAGUGGCAGGUUUUCUGUCUCUAACAGUGAGAUCCCAGGGAUUUCUGUUUUUCCUAGAGGCAUAGCUCUUCCCCAGGCUACCCCUUUUAUUCCCUCACCUGCCUAUGUGUCUGCUCCCAUUGGACAACCAGCCAGUUUGUUUGGAGGAACUCCUCAGUUUCCAUUUUGCCACCCUUCCUUCAUACCUGGACCUCGCUGUUUCCCCUCAAGCACAUUCCCACUCAGAGCUCCGUUUGGCUACGGGAAUUUCUCCAGCUCAGUGCCUCAGUGCUUUGGCUUUUAUGAGGAGAGGAACCAGAGGCAGGAGGUGAUAUUUUCCACUCUGGAUGAAGACUAUAGUUUCAGAGCAUACUCAGAAGAGAGGCUUUGUGAGAACCAGCGUGUCUGCGGGAGCCCUGAAGUCGUGUCCUGUCAGAGCGCCUGCGGCGAGGAGCGAGUUCUGAGCCCCCUGCCACAGCUGGACGUGGAAGUGGUAGAGGAGGUUCUGCCAUCCCCCCCAUCUACUCCCUCCAGCACUUACAUUGUCAAUGUAACUGACAGUGAUGAGGAAGACGAAGUAAAGUUUUUUCAAGUAUUGUAAUUUUUGAAACUUAUUAUAAUCCAGAGAGAUAUUCUAGAAUGGGAAAUAAAUGUUUUCCUCAACGUCAUCUUUUCAGUCAGUGUGUUCAAUGGGAGGCCCAGGUGGCUUUAGUAAGUUGCACAGGUCAUUUUGAAGAGUCUGAUGAGCUGUUUGGAUAAGAGGAAAGUCUUAUAAAUAGCAGAAAAUGCCUGUUCAUGUCUAAAUUCUCACUGAAAGCUGAUCUGGCCUGCAGGAAUGCAUGUGGCCAAAUGUACAAAUUCCUCCUCAAAUAUGUUUCAGGGUAUAAAACAGCUGUUUGUGAGAUUAUUCUCUAGAUCUAACUUCCCUCUUCUCCCGUCUUUCUUUUUAUACCCUGUGGAGUGGGAUAUCAGACAUAUUUCAAUGCACCAGAAUCUAGAAUGGUGCACAACUGUUGUGAUUUAUUCUACCAAGCCCAGAGAAAGGGAAGACUGGUUUAACAUAUCCUGGAUAUACUAAUGAAAAACUACGUGUGAAAGUGAUCCCUUCUUCCCUCCCAGCUAGAGCUGAUGUCCUGGAGUGGUUGUUAGGGAUCUGUGUCUGCAGGUCUGUGUCACUGCAGCCAGCUCUCAGCUGAGCUCUCUUGAAGGCUCUCCUGUCUUGUCUGCAAAAGAAGUGAAAGUUACACAAACACCCCACUCAAACCUGACUUCCUCUGCAUCAUCCCUCAGCCUGUCUGGCAGCCCUGCAGCCGGGAAAAUGUGAUAGAAGAGGUUUUUAGUUCCCAUUUCUAGGUGAUUUUCAGCUCACCCACAAAGUUUCCCAUAAUGCAGAUUCCUGAAGUGCCAAGUGUCUGAGCCAAGUGCUGUUUCUUCUCCUCCUGAAAUGUGGGAAGUGGCCAGUGUUGGCAGGACCAGUGUCUUGGUAGCUGUGUGCCCUCCUCCAAGACUUCAUGGCAGUGCAGAGGGUAAUUGGGACAUAAGAGGGACAUGUUCUACUCUCUUAUAAUUAUUUUCUUCCUUAUUGUUUACCUUAAUCUAAACAAAAAAACCACCUUGUGUUCUUGAAAAAGAGAUGACGAUUUUCUGUACAAAGUUUGUUUUCCUCUUGCUACUGUAAAAGUCUAAAGACACUUGAUGCUUCCCAGU